GGAUUUGUUGUUGUUGUAUGUCAAAAGAAGAAUAAUGGUCAAGAAGAGAACAAGACCCAGAACAAUCAUACGAUUAAGACGUUUAGAUAAUAGAAAGAUAAAAAGAAUUGCAAGUAUCAUAGUGAUGGGUUGGUUAUGUUGGAUACUAUACAAGGGAAUAUUACAGACUAGAGAUAAUCGUAGACAAGCUUAUUUUCACCAAAUAUUGGACUCUGUUGUUAAGGGAACUAUACCCAAAGGUCCCAUUCGGUUUCUUUAUUAUGAUAAUAUAUUAACUCAAUGUGACUGCCCUUACUUACCACAAGGCGUUAUCGAUCCAACUUACUAUGCAGCUAUAUUAUCCUCUUAUGGAGAAAACAAUCAUAGUAACCGACCUUGGGAAGCUAUCUAUGCUAUGCCAGGAAUAUCUCAUGCUAGGACCAAUUUAGCUUGUCUAUUAGAAGAAGCUUCUUUAUUGGGAGCUAUUGCUGUUCUACCUGCAGUAUGUUUAUCUCCUAUUCAUAAUCACGAUCGACUGAUAAGAACGCAUUGGUCUCGUUAUCUUUAUAUGGAACGACUGGAACAAGGCUUUCCUAUUGUAUGGAAUGUAUCCUUAUUGGAAAAGAAGUUACAAGAUUCCUUUCAAGUAUAUGCCAGUUGGCCUUAUCCAUUGAGAUGGAAUUGUGUGUUAUCCAUCAACUACACUUUUACUAUGGAUGAUGGAAAGAAUAUAAGGAAAUCACCGGAACAAAUAUUUGCAUCUAACCAUGAAAAGUAUCCUUCAACAGCAAUCUUUUCAGAAAAAACUCCCACUUUGCUAUUACAACAAAGCAAAGCAAAUAUACUAAUACGACAGUUUCAUACCAAUCAAGAAUAUAUGGCAUGUUCUUCUUUUUCUUCUUGGAAUCAUCCAAAAAUACAAAAUGUUUGGUCCUAUUUCUGGAGUAGUGCAGAAACCGAUCCUCUUCCAGCAGUACAAUACAUUCGCUCGUUGUAUGAUGCAUCCGAAUCUUUUCUCUGUUUACAUCUCCGUCGAGGUGACAAAUUGAAAGAAUCUCGAUAUCCUUGUUUGGAUGUUCUUACAAGAGGUCCUCAUAUCUAUUCCGUAUUACAAAAUGCUUCCAUCAUCUUUUAUUGGAUUGGAAUAGAAAGGAUAAUAGAUAUUCAUGUGACUAUCGUUGGAUAUAUCGACAACAUAUUCCCUAUUUACAACAAUCCAAAUAUAUUCAAGACAAUUAUUUAUUAUAUGAAACAGAAAAAAGGAUAUGUUCCUAUGCAGUUGGUUAUGUGGAAACUCAUCGAACCCAUUCUAGUUAUCAACAUCUUCAACCUUGGAAUCUUCGUCUUACUCCUUAUGAAGAAGAAUGUGACUCAACUAAUUGUCAUUUGAAUUGUGCGGAAUAUUCGAGAU